AUGCAGGCCGAAGAUGUAAAAGCAUUUGAUCGUGAUAAAGCUAUAGGAUAUUUUAGACGCUGCUUAGAAUUUCUUCCAAAACAAUAUGAAAGUAAUGACACUCAUAGAAUGACAUUGGCUUUUUAUUCUUUAUCAGGGUUGGAUCUAUUGGGCGCCCUUGAAACAGAAUUUACACAAGAACGAAUAAACAAUUGGAUUGAUUGGAUAUAUGCACAACAAAUUUUGCCUGACGAAAAUAAUCCUGAGCUUAAUGAAAGGAUUUGUGGUUUCAGGGGUUCUCCAUUUUCGGGUCUACCGUAUAACCCAAACGGAGUAAAUUCAGACUUUAUAAUAGGUUGUCGCGCGUCAAGAUUACCGUUCGAUGCAUCAAACCUUGCAAUGACUUAUACUGCCCUGGCUUCUUUACUCAUAUUAGGAGAUGAUUUGUCACGUGUAGACAAAUCUGCCAUAAUUAAUGCAAUGAAAUUUCUGCAAAAGGAAGAUGGAAGCUUCACUCAAACAUAUCAAGGCAUGGAAUCUGACAUGCGGUUUGUGUAUUGUGCAUGUGCCAUAUCAUAUAUAUUGGACGAUUUCAGUGGGAUUAACAUAGAUAAGGUUGUUCAAUAUAUAAAAGAAAGUCAGUCAUAUGACUACGGUAUUGGUCAAGGGCCUGGCGAAGAGUCACACGGAGGAUCAACAUAUUGUGCUAUUGCCUCACUUUAUCUUCUAAACAAACUCGAUGAAGGGCUUUUGUCAAAAGAUAAAACAAUAUUCUGGCUUAUAUCACGCCAAGAAAGUGGAUUUCAAGGACGAGCUAAUAAACCACCUGAUACAUGCUAUUCAUUUUGGAUUGGUGCAUCGUUAAUGAUAUUAGAUUCUUUUGAAUUUAUUGAUUAUGACCAGAAUUAUAAUUUUUUAAUGGAAACUAAAUCACCACUUGGUGGAUUUUCAAAAUGCCCUGGAUAUUAUCCCGAUGUAAUGCAUGCAUAUAUGGGAGUGGGGGGAUUGUUAUUUAUGGAAGAACCAAAAAAAUUAGACCCUGCAUUGAAUAUAUCAUUCAAAGCAAAAGAAAAUUUAUUAUGUAAAAGUGUAUUUAAAAGAGAAUGA